UAAGAAAACGUGUGCAAAGCAGAAUUAGAAGAGAAAAAGCACAUAAAUAUCAACGAUUGCCGUUGUUGUUUCACUAUUUGACGUUUUUCCUUUCAGGUUUCAAAAGAGCAAGAACUGUAAUAAUGUCGCUGCAAUCGGACGCCGUAUUCCAAAAAAUCAUCGAUGGACUAAAGGAUAAUGCUGCCAAGGCAAAGGCUAUUAAUGGAGUAUUUCUGUACAAAAUUACCAAGGACGGCAAGGUGGCCAAGGAAUGGACUCUUGACUGCAAAAGCGCCAAGGCGUAUGAGGGACCCGCCCAGGGCGUCAAGGUCGAUACCACACUGACGGUUUCGGACGAGGAUAUGGUUGAUAUUGCCCUCGGCAAGCUCAAUCCCCAGGCAGCGUUCAUGAAGGGCAAGUUGAAGAUAGCAGGGAACAUUAUGCUGACCCAGAAAUUGGCGCCUCUACUCAAGACGGACGCCAAAUUGUAAACUGGCAUUUGGCGCUUUCACAAAGUACAAACGCACAUACCCCAGUUUCUACAUUUUGUUGUCAUCAUAGUUGCGAUACUUCGUCGUAUUUCCACAAUGUGUGUGUUUCUGUUUCUUAUUUUUUUGUAUGUUUAUACUAUGUGUAAUUAGAAAAUAAUACAUAAGCCUAGAAGAGGAAUCUGUGCCUAA